AUGGCGGGCCGUCGCGGGGCGCUCAUCGUGCUGGAAGGCGUGGACCGCGCCGGGAAGACCACGCAGAGCCGCAAGCUGGUGGCCGCGCUGUGCGCCGCCGGCAAACGCGCCGAGCUGCUGCGCUUCCCGGAAAGAUCAACUGAAAUUGGCAAACUUCUGAGCUCUUAUUUGGAAAAGAAGAGUGAGGUGGAGGAUCACUCAGUGCACCUACUUUUCUCUGCAAACCGCUGGGAACAAGUGCCAUUGAUUAAGGAGAAGUUGAGCCAGGGCAUCACCCUCAUCGUGGACAGAUAUGCGUUUUCUGGUGUUGCCUUUACCAAUGCUAAGGAGAACUUCUCCCUGGAUUGGUGCAAGCAACCGGAUGUGGGCCUUCCCAAACCAGACCUGGUCGUGUUUCUUCAUCUGAAGUUGGCAGAGGCUGUGGAGCGGGGCGGGUUCGGACAAGAACGCUAUGAGGAUGGGGCCUUCCAGGAACGGGCACUGCGAUGCUUCUACCAGCUCAUGGAGGACAGGACCUUAAACUGGAAGAUGGUUGAUGCUUCCAAAAGCAUUGAAGACGUCCACAAGGAGAUUUGUGCACUCUCUGAGGAUAUCAUCCAGACCGUAGCACGGAGGCCGCUGGGGAAGCUGUGGACGUAA